CUCAUUUUAUUGUUUGACAGAAAGAGUCAGAAAACGGAUGUGCGCUCAUUCUCUUGCUAGUCCUAACGUGGAGUAAAAGUGCCGUGUUUCUGCUCGAAUUGCUGUGAAAAAUCCUCGCUGUCCCGGAAAAACACGCUGAAAUGGCUGACGAAUACUUCUACGGAGCUACCUUGAAGGAAGGCAGCAAGACCGUUACCUGGGAUCCGGACAACAAGGCCGACGGCUACCCGCGCACACACAAGCUGAUCAUCAAGCAGUGCAUUCUGGGACACGAAGCCGCUUCCGACGAGUUCAACGUGGUUCAGGUGGAGACGAUGACGAUCCGCGAUACGCUGCGCAUCCCGAUCGCGGUCCUGAAGGUCGGCGAAGCCCGGCAGUGCCGGCUCGAUCUGGAGUUCUCCGAUUCGCCGGUGACGUUCACGCUGGUCGAAGGCAAGGGACCGGUGCACAUCCACGGACAGCAUCUGCUCGGAUCGCUGGUUGAAGAGUUCGAGGACAUGGAGGAGAUGGAGGAAGAAGUGCCAGAGGAGGAUGAGGAUGACGAAGACGACGAUGAGGAGGGCGGACCUCAGAAGAAGAAGCAAAAGCUCACAAACAACUCCAAGGGAAAACCUAGCGCAGGACCCGCUGGCAGCAAUAACGCCAAGAACAGCAAAAAGAAAUAGACUGCCAACCGCCAAUUCCAUCUCACCAGGACCCAGCGAACCUACAGCGAUCGCGCACUGUAAGUGAAGAUCCGGUUUGCAUUUUCCAUCCCUUUUUCCUACUUUGAACAACCCUGCUCCUUUUUAAGCAACACUAUAAACAGUAAACACACACACAUCUUAAACAACCCAUACAACCAACAAUGAUUGUAAUUGAUUAGAGUGGUGAAUAACACGGACACCGAUUGAAGAAAUGAUUGUACCGCUACUUCUUCAUACAUACAAUUCGAAACGAAGACGCAAAUUGUGUCCCGACAGACAAAACAAACUAAAACAUAAACAUAUUAAAGGAUAAACGUAGAUUGUAAGUUCUUUCCUAUCGCCCGAAACUUGCUCCGAUUUCUAUAUGUGUUGGCUUAUUUUG